UCUCUGCAAUCCACACAGCUGUCUUAGCCUGGGACACACGGCAGUGGGGCACCACAGAAGAGCAAGGUGGUAAAGGCCAAGGCACUGGGAGACCACUGUGUCCCAUUCCCAGGACAGACAUGUCUGACAGAACCCAGCAACGCUUAAGCUACUACUUGGAGCAACUGAGUAAAGAACAGCUGAAAACGUUCCAGCAUCAGCUGCUAAAAGAAACAGCUUGGCCAGAGGCCAGUGGCACAAAGGUAGCCUCAGGCCUGGUGGCUCAGUAUGGGAAUCACCAGGCCUGGAACAUGGCCCUCCACACCUGGGAAAAGAUGGGCAUGACGCAGCUUUUCAGCCAGGCCCAGCAAGGGAAGGACCUGACACUGACCCAUGAUCCCUCAUUCCUCAGUUUCCCGAGCACAUCUAACGUGGAGUUCUCCAGCCAGCUCGCUUCUGCAGGGUUGAGGCCAGACUAUCAAUCUUCAUCUGACCAGAUGUCCAUAAAGAAAACUCUUGUAAAAAAACGUACCAAGUUCAAGUGCAGAACGAGAGAAACUGCAAUAAAAACAUGCCAGAACCAGAGAAGAGAGAGCCCUUGCCAUACACGGUCCUGGGAAACUGAAGGUUUCCACCAAAAAUACACACAGCUGCUACUGUUACAAAAAUCUUGCCCCAGGGGCCAGAGGUCCACAGUGAGAGAAGGAGGGCACCAGGACAUUAAAGACAGAGGACAUCUGAUUGCCAUCCAAGACUUAUUUGACCCAAGCCCAGGUAGCCAGAAGAAGCCUCAGUUAGUCAUAUUAGAAGGGGCUGCUGGCAUUGGGAAGUCAAUGCUGGCCAGGCAGGUGAGGAGAGCAUGGGGGGAAGGCCGGCUCUACAGGGAUCGCUUCCGGCAUGUCUUCUACUUCAGCUGCAGGGAGCUGGCACAGUGUGAGCAACUGAGUCUGGCUGAGCUCAUAGCAAAAUACGAGAAUGUCCACAAGGAUCUCAUAGAGGAGAUCCUGUCUCACUCUAAGAAGCUGCUCUUCAUCCUGGAUGGCAUAGAUGAGCCAGCCUGGGUCUUGCAGAAACCUAAAUUCUAUCGGCACUGGAGUCAGUCACAGCCAGUGCACACACUGCUGGGAAGUUUGCUGGGGAAAUCCUUACUUCCUAAGGCUUCCUUGUUGCUCACAGCUCGGACCACAGAACUACAGACACUCAUUCCUUCCUUGGAGCAGCCACGAUGGGUGGAGGUCCUGGGCUUCUCUGAGUCUGGACGGAAGAAAUAUUUCUACACAUACUUUGCAAAGGAAAGAGAAGCAAUUACAGCUUUUGCCUUGGUUGAAUCAAACCCAGUGCUCUUGACCCUGUGCCUGGUGCCCUGGGUGUCCUGGAUAGUCUGCACCUGCCUGAAACAGCAGAUGGUGCUUGGGGGAGACCUCUCACUGACCUCACAGACAACCACAGCCCUCUGCCUGAAAUACCUUUCCCAGACUCUCCCCGCUCAGUCCCUGGGGGCCCGGCUCAGAGGGCUCUGCUCACUGGCUGCUGAAGGGAUCUGCAGAAAAAAGAGUCUGUUCAGUGUUAAGGACCUCAGGAAACAGAAGGUACCUGGGUCUGUCAUCUCCACUUUGAUGACCACGGGUGUCCUUCAGAGGCAGCCUAAUUCUACCACCUACAGCUUUGCCCACCUGUGUCUCCAGGAGUUCUUUGCAGCGAUGUCCUGUGUCUUGAGCUACGAAGAGGACAGCUGUGAAAACUUUAAAGCCGUAGAAAAGCUGACAGAAGUCCAUGGAAGACUUGACCUGGUUGAGGCGCCCACCAUGCGCUUCCUGUGUGGCCUUUUGAGUGACCAGGCAAUGGAUGAGAUGAGGAACAUUGUCACCUGCUGGCUGCCUCUGGAGAGGAGGUGGGAGCUACUGAAGAGGGUCCUGGAGGAAGCCCACCUCCAACACUCGUAUUCGCUUGGAUUGCUCCACUGUCUGUAUGAGAUUCAGGAUGCGGAGCUCCUGACACGGGCAAUGCACAGUUUUCAAGGAGCAAGGGUUCAUGUCCAGACAGAUAUGGUGCAUCCAGGACUCCAGGCAGAUGUGAAGCACCUGGUGAUCCAGACAGAUGUGGACCUUAUGGUGGUCGCUUUCUGCAUUAAGUUCUGCCACCAGGUGAAGGCACUUCAGCUGGAUGGGGGUGGACGGCAAGGACAAGUGCUGAGGGGCCCCAGGCUGGUUCUGUCUAGGUGGACCCCGGUCACUAAUGCCACUUGGCAGGUUUUCUUCUCCACUCUUGAGUUCACAGGAAGCCUGGAGGAGCUGGACUUAAGUGGGAAUCCAAUGAGCUACUCUGCAGUGCAGAGUCUCUGUAGGAUGCUGAGACACGCUGAAUGUCACCUAAAGACAUUGUGGCUGGUCAGCUGUGGCAUCACAGCCAGCAGCUGUGGGGAUCUGGCCUCCGUGCUGAGCACCAACUGCAGCCUGACUGAGCUGGACCUGCAGCUGAAUGACCUGGGCGACCAAGGGGUGAAGCUGCUGUGUGAGGGGCUCAGGAAUCCUGCCUGCAACCUCAGAAUCCUGAGGCUGGACUCGAGCUCUCUAAAUGACCAGGUGAUGGAAGAACUUAAGGCUCUGAAGGAAGAGAAUCCCAAGCUGCUCGUCCAGAGCACACUGGACUCGAGCUCUCUGAAUGACCAGGUGAUGGAAGAACUUAAGGCUCUGAAGGAAGAGAAUCCCAAGCUGCUCGUCCAGAGCACACUGGACUCGAGCUCUCUGAAUGACCAGGUGAUGGAAGAACUUAAGGCUCUGAAGGAAGAGAAUCCCAAGCUGCUCGUCCAGAGCACACUGGACUCGAGCUCUCUGAAUGACCAGGUGAUGGAAGAACUUAAGGCUCUGAAGGAAGAGAAUCCCAAGCCGCUCGUCCAGAGCACACGGCAGGAAGCAGAGAGGGAACUGGAACAACCAGAGUCUUUGAAACCGCAAAGCCCACCUCCCAGUGAUGAACUCCUUGCAGCAAGGCCGCUGCUCCCAGACAGCACCGCCAGCGGGAGACCAAGUGUUCAGUGCUGUAGACUAUGGAAGACCUCUCACUCAGACUGCCAUAGGAAACCACCUGUGAAGGUCUCUACUCCGGAUCUGGAUGAAGGAGAAACGAGUGCAGGCCCAUCCUCACUCAAGCGACAGAAGCUACAGUUAGAGGAAGCUCCAAAGCAAGAAGCUCUACCCACGGCACAGCUAAAACUCUCCCACUUGCUUCACACUUUUCCGGGAGACAAGCUCAUCGCCUCUCUUAAGAUUGAAGAUAGCUUCUGGGGUAGCACAGGACCUCUGGCUACUGAGGUGGUUGACAGUGAAAGGAACCUGUACCGAGUUCAGUUCCCGAUGGCUGGCUCCUAUCACUGGCCCAGCACUGGUCUUCGCUUUGUGGUGACAAGGGCAACGAUCAUAGAGAUAGAAUUCUGUGCCUGGAGCCAGUUCUUGGGCAAGACUCCCCUGGAGCAGAGUCACAUGGUGGCUGGGCCUCUGUUUGACAUCAAGGCUGAGCAGGGAGCUGUCGACACUGUGUAUCUGCCGCAUUUUGUGGCUCUCCAAGGAAUUCAGGACACCUCAAACUUCCAAGUGGCCCACUUUCUGAAGGACGGGGUGGUCUUGGAGACGCCAGCCGAAGUGAAGCCACAUUGCACAGUUCUAAAAAAACCCAGCUUCUCUACCAUAGGAGUGAUGCUAAAAAUAAUCCCUGUCACCCGGCGAUUCCUACCCAUCACCUCUAUCACGUUGCUUUACCAUCAACCUCAUGCUGAGGAGCACAAAUUCCACCUUUACCUCAUCCCCAAUGACUGCACUAUUCGAAAGGCCAUAGAUGAUGAAGAAAUGAAGUUCCAGUUUGUGCGAAUACACAAGCCUCCCCCGAUGGGUUCCCUUUAUGUGGGCUCUCGCUAUACCGUGUCUGGUUCAGGGACCAUGGAAAUUACACCCAAGGAACUGGAGCUGUGCUACCGGAGCCCCACAGAAGCCCAGCUCUUCUCAGAGAUCUAUGUUGACUGCUUACAAUCAGGGAUCCGGCUGGAAAUAAAAGACAAGAAUGCUGUAGUUUGGGAAACUGUGUUGAAACCAGGGGACCUCAGACCUGCAUCCACCCUGGUCGCUGCAGCCCCUACAGUUGCCAGACCCUUCCAGCACUUUGUGGACCAGCAUCGGGAGCAGCUGGUGGCCCGAGUGACAUCAGUGGACCCUGUCCUAGACAGACUACACGGUCAAGUGUUGAGUGAAGAGCAGUAUGAGACGGUUCGUGCUGAGGUCACCAAUCCCAACAAGAUGCGGAGGCUGUUCAGCUACAGUCAGUCCUGGGACUGGGCCAGCAAAAGUCAGUUCUACCAAGCUCUGAAGGAGACCCAUUCUCACCUGAUCAUAGAACUCUGGGAGGUGUGGGCCAGGGCUCUUGGGGAAUGGGUAUCCUGAAAGCUCAGCAGUUGAAGCCUGAGCCUUGAAUCACAUUCCUACCUGGUCUUUCUUUUGGCCUCAAUCCCACCAUCUCUGAUCCCUCUUGGCUUUGUCUUGGUCUGUAAAGCUUCCAACAGUCUUGCCAGCUGCAGGAUGCAUUCUCAGAGAUGUCAUUAUUCCCUCUGGACAGCCUAACUGGGAAAGCCCAGGGGGCCAUCUGGGUGACUGUGAGGCAUCCUUGGCAGUGGGCAUACUUUAUCAGUCCA